CUUCUGUGGAGCAGGGAACGUGUGUGGCAACGCAGCCUUUUGCUAAAAAUACAAAUUAAAGAAGGAAGAAAAAAAAAAUAAAUCAUUGGAGAGUUGAAAUGUGAAUGAAUCCGGCAGCUGUGUCAGGCCUGGAAAUUUCCUGCAGGGUGUUUGCAGAUUUGAGCAGCACCUUGUCAAGCAGGUACAAGUCCAUGCUGUGUGGGGAAUGGCCCAAGCGUUGUUCAGCAGCAGGAAAAGCUCUGAUUUUAAUGUCAGAGCCCAUAUUCCGAGUGAAAAGCAGGCCCUGCUGUUCUGUGCCACCACCCGAGCUGGGGCUCGGUGUCACCUGUGCAGGGUGGGGACAUUGGGCCCCUGUGUGAGGCAGCAGAGGUGGCACCCACAACUCAGAGCUGCUGCAGAAAUGCCCCAGCAGAGCUUCUGAGGAGGUGUCAGUGUGAAGAGGAGUCUGAUGGGCAUCUCGGCGGGCUUCAGCUUCCAGCAGAGCUCCAGAACUGCCUGGGGAAGGAAUCCCCAGUGCUGGAAGGAGCUGCAGAGGCUUUUGGUGCUCACAGGGAACGGUGCCAAGUGGGGCAAAAGCAGCUGCAGGUCGGGACAGGCAGGCUUGGAGCUGCACAGACCAUCCUGCAGCACGUCCAUAAAUCUGUGCUGAAGCUCCCAAACCCUUCCUGCCUGUCUUUACAACCUCCUUCCUUCGCAGGCAGCAAACUUUUGGCCUCUGGGAAGCUGUGCUGAAAUACAAGCACCAACCUGCCCAGCCCAGGCUGCUUUCAGAGCCGAGCAGGAGGCAGCUCCCAGCUCCCAGCCCGAGCUGUGACAUCCCUGCCCAAAGCACCUGAGAGCACAAACCUGCUGAGGGUGACGCUGCUGCCUGCGAACGCCCAGCCUGGGACGUAAUUAUUGUGUGUGCAGGGCUGGGGUCAGGGCUCAGCUCCGCUGUCAGCCAGCAGCUAUGCGGCAGAACAGGAUGUCGGAUUAAGGAGUCCCCAAAGCCGUGCCCAGGACAGCAGGGGACAGCAGGGAAGUGAAGGAGCUGGGUGGCACCGGGCACUGCCAGCUCACAGCAGCGCUGCCAGCGCAGCAGCCACGAGCCAGAGCUCGCUCGGAGCCUUCGAGGGGCUCAGGAACAGCAGGGAAGUGCCUGGCAGGGCUGCAGGAUGAGCUGGCUGCAGGUGAGGGGCCAGGGAUCACCUGCCAGGACGUAGCUGAGCACCCACCUGGGCAGCACAGCCUUAUCUGCAGUUAAUGUGUAACCUGGCUGUGUUUGGUUAGCCCAGAAAAGCAAAGAAGUCCUGGGAUAGGCACGGCCGGGACGAGGAAUUGGGCAGCACGGAGCCACGGACGGCCUGCCGGGAUAUUCCCCCCGUGGCAGCCUCCAGGGCAGCCCGUGCUAUGCCUAGGAAGGAGCUGGGGAUGGCUGGCUGCAACUCUGGCAGCUGUGACAGCAUGGCCAGCACAGCCUCCAACCACUCACAGCGGAGUGACAACAGCUAUGACUAUUUAUCUGUGGAAGAGAAGGAGUGUUUGAUGUUCCUGGAGGAAACCAUUGGUUCCCUGGAUGCAGAGGGGGACAGUGGGGUCUCCACAGACGACACCGACUCCGGGGAGCCCCCCAAGCCCAGGAAAGGCCCCGUGCCCCGGGAUGUGGGGAGCAGGACUCCCCCUGCGCGGGAGCGGCCGCGCGGGGCUCAGCAGAGCCGGGCCCAGAGCAGCGCGGCCUCCUCCAGCUCAGCCCCAAACCCCAGCACCAUCCCUGCAGCCAACAGAGCUUCUGCCAGCUCAGGAAACAUCCCAGCAGGAAUUCCUGCCCAGGAGGUGCCCAGGGAGGCCAGGCUGGAGCACACCAGCACGGGCAGCCACACAAGGCCGGGGAUGACCCAACCUCCAGACCCCUUCCAGGGUGACCUGGAGUGGUCACGCAGCUCCCACGGCAGGGAGAGCAAGGUUCGGACUUUGUGGGGCCUGGAGGAGCCCCCUCAGGACCCCGAUGCCAAGCGAGGGCCCCCAACCGCCCCCAAACCGCGGAAGCUGCCCCCCAACAUCAUCCUGAAGAGCGGCAGGAGCGGCGCCACGCCGCUGGGCCCCGAGCACGGCCACAAGGGGAGAGCAGCCCCUGCACCCUCAGCCAGCCCUCAGGCCAGCCCUGGCAGUGACAGCGCUGCUGAGAAGGGCAGUUCAGGCCCUCUGGACCCCAAGGAGAAGGAGAAAGCGCGAAGGGAGGCCCUGGAGAAGCUGGGGCUGUCCCAGGAUGGGAGGGAGCCCAGCACCCACCUCCAUCCCCACCCCAGGGAGACGCCGCUCCCCAUCCCUGGGCAGCCUGGCCAGGCCUCCACGCCGGGGAUGCGGCACAUGGCCUUCAAAUCCAACACCCUGGAGCGCUCCGGGGUGGGGCUGGGCAGCUCCAUGGGCACCCCCAAGGAGCAGAGCUCCAGGAGCAGCAGCAGCUCCCUGGGCAAGAUGUCCUUCCUGGAGCGCCUGGCCCCCGGCUUCCUGCGCGCCGGCCGCCCCCGGCCCGCGUCCCUCGGCGCAGGGAAGGACUUUGCCGGCCUGAAGGAGCAGGAGGAGCAGGACAAGAGCAACAAGAGGAGAUCCCACCCUCUGUCCAGCUUCCCCAGGCCGCCACGCUCUGCUGUGAGCGUGAAGAUCUCCCCGAAGGGCGCGGCCGAUGAGAACCGGCGCGAGGCGCUCAAGAAGUUGGGGCUGCUGAAGGAGUAGCUGGUGGGAAAGGGGAUUUUCACCCCAAAUCCAGCAGCCUGCGCUGCCUGGCCUUGGGCACGAGCAUCUGCUGCCAUCUCCUGCCCCACAGCCUCGGGAGAGGCGUGGGGAGCUUCACACCAAAUAAAGAACGCGGCGUGUACAGAACAUUUUGUGUAUAGCAGGUGUACACUUAAAUGCUUAAGAGAGGAAAAAAAGGGGGGCAAAGUUAA